UACCUCCUAGCCUUACCCACCGUCUCGCUCCCCUCGUCCCCGUCGCAUUUGUGGCCCAGUCCACAUCAAGCAGGCCUUGUCUUUCCGGUCGCAUACUUAACCCGAGCAGCACGCCCCACCUUGCUCGCUCGCAUUGCGCUGACCACGUCUCGCCCAAUCUAAAAGCAUCUAGUCGAGCUACGAGAAGACAUUUGCCACCAUGAACCGCCCUCACAAGCAGUCGAUGUCGGAGCUCAAGCUCCGGCGUCUGAUGGAGCACAACGCGCGUCUUAGAGAGGACCUUGCACGUCCGCGUAUCCGGGUCAGUGAGGCCAGUGCGAGUUUGAUUCGUUACUGUCGACAGACAAGAGAUCACCUGGUACCGUCGGUUUGGGGUCCAGUGAACAGAGGUGAAGACCCGUACGGUCCGCAGCGUACGGCUGGUCCAUGUGGCGGUUGCGUCGUGCUCUAACCCAUCUUUCCGUCGUCUACGCAUUUCCUGUCCUAGUCAACUUUUACGAGGAAAAACCCCGUCGAGAGAAAUAUCUGUCUUGGUUUCACUGUGUUCGUGCGGACUGUGGUCGUCCUAUUUUUCCAAGUUUACGAAGUCUUCGUUCUUCCUUGACCUUUACUUUGUAUCCCAAUGUUUAUACAGCUGUUUUUCCCCUGAUUCCCUUACCUCUUUCAGUUGUUAUAAAGUAUCAGAUUUCUUUUCGCUUGGUAUUUAUUAUAUCAUUGUGUUUGUACCCGCUCUGUCUGUGCUUUUUAUGAUUGAG